AUGUCCAGAGAUUCUAAUUUUUCAUACGUACAUAUAAACCAUCCUAAUCAGGUUCUUUACAUUGAGAAAUGGAAAGAUGAGCCUAUACCUUUUGACGACAUUGAUACUCAAAUAUUGUUCGAUACUACGUUGAGCGUAUAUCCUAAUUUUUUCUUUGAAGAAGAAGAUGAUAAUAAUCUCUUAGUCAACUCAAUGAAUUUUGGGUUGAAAAGUCUUAAAAAUAAAAGGAAAUUAUUGAAGGAAAAGAUAUGGAAUGACCUCAACAUAACAGAGAAGUUUUCGGACCAACUGCAUCCUGAUAACGUGGAUAGGACUAUUUUGAGCCCAUUAUACACUAAACACCAGAGCAAAAACUAUGAUGACUUUGAAGGCGAUGAAGGAUUGACUAUUGGCGAAUUCAUGUCAAAUGGAUUUACAUUAGCAGAUAAUUUAGAGAGAUUGCAGAUAGAAAAUCAUGACUUUUUAAACUUCACCCAUCUGAAUGACACCUUUUUAAAUUCAAGGUCGAAUUCUUUUAGCCAGCCAGUGUUGCAAACUCCAAGAAUGACGAAAACGAGACAGCCUUCUAACGAUAACAAUUUUCAAACACCGAUUACGCGAAUGACAAGAUAA